AUGAAAUGGCUUAUCUAGAUUUUAAAUGAUUUUAUAUUUACAACUGUCCAGAGUAAGCACAGAACUAAUUUUAUUAAAUGUGGAGAUCCAGGUAAAUAUCAGACGUUAAAAUAGAUUCCAUUUCUAAGGAUUUUGAUAACACAUCUGAAUUAUAAUUGCCUCUCCAAGUCUAUUUUCAAGGAAAAAGGUAUGAUAGUAGUGUUGUUUUGAAACCCUAAAGAUACAGCUGUUUAAUUUUUCCAUUUCCAUAACAGUGUCCCAAGCGUCCCCAGUUACAGCUCUGGGGAUGUGUUCUGUUCAGAAUUAAUGGCAGAUCUCUGGGGAUCCUGUUUUGAUCCUGCAGUCACCUGGAACAAACACAUUGAAGAUAAGAAUACUGUGAUCAUUUUAUAUGAAGACCUGGAAGGGAACCUGACUGCCAGUGUAAAGCAGAUAGCUGCAUCCUAUGGAUUCUCACCAACAGCUGAGCAGAUUCAGGCCAUUGCAGGAAGGCACACGGUUGGCUUGAUUCUUUUCCAUAAGGGUGUUCUUGGAGACUGGAAGAAGGUUUUUGCUGAAGCUCAGAACCAGAAAUUGGCUACCAAAUUCCAUGUGCUUAUAAGCAUUGAAAAAGCAGCAGCAUUCCAUGGCUAUUUGCUUCAGCUGUACCUGCUGCAGCAGUGGGUCAAGGUCAUUGCUAAGCAAUUAGUAAAAACAGCUAUUGGAACAAUUUCUGCAGAUGUGGUGAGCCCUGGGGGAGGCUGGGAUUCUGUGCACCUCCAUCCCUGCAAAACCAGAGAGAGAACAAACAUGGUGUGGGGGCAUAUGGGGGAACAGGACCACAUAAAAUCAAGAGGGUACAGAGAGAGAUCAGCUCUGAAGGCUGGAAUCUAUUCAACAGCACAACAGCUCACCUGUGAUCCUCUAGGGAAGGCGGCUGAACAGGGAAUCUAUUCAACAGCACAACAGCUCACCUGUGAUCCUCUAGGGAAGGCGGCUGAACAGCCUUCUGUGGACAAGCCAGCUUACUGGAUGCUGCCAGAGUUCUUGAAACCGGUGACUGCCCUUCUCAAUUGUGCUUACGUCUGUGCCAUGUGA